AAUCCUGUUUAAACUACUUGGUUGUUCGUUUUUUUUCCGGGAAAAAAUGCGGCGGCCGUCUCCGAUCAGCAAGAAAGAGGUGGUAUUGAAGAGAGGACCAUGGGACGAGGAAGAAGACAAAUUACUGACUGCUUACAUUCAAAAACACGGCGUCGGUUGCUGGACUUCCUUGCCUCAGAGAGCCGGACUCCAACGAUGUGGGAAGAGCUGUCGAUUGAGGUGGAUCAACUACUUAAGCCCAGAUAUCAAGAGAGGAAAGUUUAGUUUACAGGAAGAACAAACUAUAAUUCAACUCCAUGCCCUUAUUGGAAACAGGUGGUCAGCAAUGGCGGCACACUUGCCGAAGAGAACGGACAAUGAGAUCAAGAACCAUUGGAACACACAUCUCAAGAAAAGGCUGAUCCGAAUGGGCAUUGAUCCCAUGACUCACCGAACUCGUACAGAUGCCGGUCGAGACAAAGACGGUUCGAAUCUAAGCCACAUGGCUCAAUGGGAGAGUGCUCGUCUCGAGGCUGAAGCCCGGUUGGUCCGUGAGUCGUGCUCAAAACGACAUCCAAUAACCCAACACACCCGCUCCUCCUGGAAUCGACUCACGGGGAGUACCAGACAUAGGUGCCCUGACGUACUCAAAGCGUGGCAAGGUCUAGUUGCCGGUAUGUUUGUUUUCCCGACCUCAACGUCGGCCGAGGUAAAAACAGCGAUGGAGAAUGCAGAGGAGUUGCAGGGCAUGAUGGGUUCAAGCGAUGUCGAUUAUGAUGCAUGGUUUGAGUUUGAACCUGUUCCAAAUAUAGUGGAGGGUUUAGCAGAUGCUUUUGCUUUGAGUUAUCCAUCGAUGGAUGUGGAGCAAUCAACAGUCCAAAGUUGCAGUGCGGACGCAGUACUACUAUAAAAUAAUGA